ACGACGCCCAUCACUGCCACCAUGCAUGCACCCAACCCCAUUGAAUACUCCCAAAAUUCCCAAAGCUCUCUCUCUCCCCUUCCUUCCCCAUACCCCUCAACCAUCGUCCCAAAUACCGUAUUUCGCCAUCAUGCAUCUAACACUCACAAACACGAUCCGGGGCCUGUUCACAUUUGGCUCUGCUAAGAAGCCGGAGUCAACAGACCAUUCCUACGAGUACAUCCGCGGCCCAAUCGAAGAACGAGGUCCCUGUCCAGGCCUCAACGCCCUCGCAAACCAAGGCUACCUUCCCCGCGAUGGCAAAAACCUGACCCUCGCCAAAGUAGACUCUGCCCUAAAGACAGCCCUGCAUUUCAGCAGCCCCCUCGCCGCGUCCCUGUCAAAUAGUCUGAAGCCUCUCUUGCGAAAAGAUGGGACGUUCGAUUUAGUCGAUAUGCGCCGCCACAACGUCCUCGAGCACGACCGCUCCAUCACGCGCCUCGACUACGGCGCCCCUUCCAACCCUUCACACGACAACUUCUCUUUCCAGCCCACCAUGUUCACCUCCUUCCUCGCUGAUGCAGGGCCUGGCGAGGAACCCGUCACAAUCAAGAGUCUUGCUAAGACGUAUGCGAGGAGGAAGAAGGAGAGCAAGAAAGAAGGGGGAAAGUUAGGUUUGGGGUUGUGGUUUGUAAAUGUUUUGCAGACGGUCAGUUUAUUGAAUACGGCGGGCAAGGGGGGGAGGUUGGAAAGGGGGCUGCUGCGGACUUUCUAUGAGGAAGAGAGGUUCGAGGUACGUAUUUUGGAGGAUGAGACGGAGAGGAGCUUGCUUGGGCUGGUGGGGAAGGGGGUUGUGUUGCUGUGGCAUGUUGUUUUUUGAAGUGAGGAGAGAGGUGAGAUUUCGCUUGUUGUGUGUGGCACUCAGAGGAAAGUUGGCACUUAAUGAACGUCAUGUGAACGAAAUUGGAAGGGAAGCACUCCUGGUUAAUCAUCUUAUGGGUUUACAUAAUUAAUUGUGGAGUUGUCCUGUGUUGUACGUUUUGAGCUUUUGAUUCAAGCUUGCUCAGAUGGCAUCAAGUAUUUCCUCGAGACUGGAGAGAAGCAUGCUUUAAUUGGCC